UGGCUGCAAUUGGUCGCAUGAGCGUCUUUUCCCCCUGACUCGAGACUAAGGGAUGAAAUGAGGUGCAGAGCUGAAGGAAUGGGCGAAUGAGGACAGACGAAACACACACACGGGGAGCUUUGUGAGCUACUGACUGACUGACUGAAGACACGAGUGAAGUCUGAGCAUCGGAAGACUCGGGAUUUUACAUCACGUUUUGAUCAAGCGGAUUUUAUUGAAGUGCAUGGUGUGUAAGGUGCAGGGCAAGCAUCCCUCACUCGGCUGUAAGGAUGCAGGUGUCGGGAUCCAGGAUUAAGCUGUGGUGUCCGCUUAUCUCGCUGGCACUGAUUCAGUUUCUUGCCCCUGUUUCAGCUCAAGUUCCAGCUCCAAGAAGGCUUCGAUUUAAAGUUGUGAGUGCAGGAAAGCUUCUUGUCUCAUGGAAGGAACCAAAAGGAGAAAAUAAUGGCUACAGAUUUAUAUAUAAUACAGAACCAGGUGGGGAAACAAGCGAGCUGCAAAUUGCAAAGGGAGAGAAUAAAGCAAUAAUAAAGGAUUUUAAUCCCAGGAAGGAGUAUUCAGUCAAGGUUAUAGCUGUGAGUGGAAACCUGCAGAGCCGAGCACUUCAGGGAAAAUAUACUGAAGACCAGAGCAGUGAUGGAGAAAUCACUCAGCCACAAAGACUGAAAGAACCUGGAGCCGUGGAUGAGGGCAAUGAGAUCUCAGCAGUAGAUCAGUUUGUCUGCACAACUCCUGCCAUCGCGGAUAUUGUCAUCCUGGUUGAUGGAUCUUGGAGUAUCGGGCGAAUCAAUUUCCGUCUGGUCCGCAUGUUCCUUGAAAACCUGGUCAGCGCCUUUGAUGUGGGAAUAGACAAAACCCGGAUUGGUCUGGCCCAGUACAGCGGAGAUCCACGAAUUGAGUGGCACUUGAAUGGCUUCAGCACAAAAGAAGCAGUAAUAGAUGCUGUCAAAAACCUGCCGUACAAGGGAGGCAACACUCUCACGGGUCUUGCUCUUACAUAUGUACUGGAGAACAGCUUCAAACCUGAGUCAGGGGCUCGCGACAACGUUCCUAAAAUUGGGAUCCUGAUAACUGACGGCAAAUCGCAGGAUGACGUUAUCUCUCCUGCUCAAACCCUGAGAAGUUCUGGAGUGGAGCUGUUUGCCAUUGGUGUGAAGAAUGCUGAUGAAAACGAGCUGAAGGCCAUUGCGUCUGAACCGGAGGACACACACGUUUAUAAUGUGGCUGACUUCAGUAUCAUGGGCACCAUAGUGGAAGGUUUGACCAGGACGGUGUGUGAUGGAGUGGAGCAACAGGACAAAGAAAUUAAACAGGAUUCUGUCCCAGAGGAGACGGUGUCACCUCCUCUGAACCUGCUCAUUUCUGAGGUGAUGGCACACAGUUUCCGAGUGUCCUGGACUCAUGCGGCUGGCAGGGUGGAAAAGUAUCGUGUGGUUUACCAUCCAACGGAUGCAGACAUUCCAGAAGAGAUUGUGGUGGGCGGUUUGGAGAAUUCUGUGGUCCUGCAGAACUUGAACUCUUUGACUGAAUAUGAGAUUGCGGUGUUCGCUGUGUAUCGCAGCGCAGCGAGUGAUGCUCUCAGAGGCAGCGAGAUCACACAAGCUCUGCCCACAGUGAGUGAUCUAGAGCUGUACGAUGUGACAGACAGCAGCAUGAGAGCCCGCUGGAGGGACGCAGAAGGGGCUUCUGGGUACAUGAUCCUGUACGCUCCACUGAGCAGCGACACUCCAGAUGAAAGAGAGCUGAAGGUGGAUGAGACAGUGACUGAUGUGGAGCUGACGGGGUUGAUUCCUGACACAGGGUACACCGUUACAGUCUAUGCCACUUUCGGAGAGGAGGCCAGUGACCCUGCUACUGUUCAGGAGACCACCAUGUCUCUGAAACCUCCACGUAACUUGCGGGUCACUGAGGUUGACCACAGCUCUGUCCGGCUCAACUGGGACGCAGCGUCCAGUAAGGUGAAAGGAUACCAGGUUAUCUAUGUCAAGACAGAUGGUGUCCAGACCAAUCAGGUGGAGUUGGGUCCAGUCACUAAUGUGUACCUGAAGAACCUGUCCCCAUUAACGGAGUACACUGUGGCAGUGUUUGCUGUCUAUGAUGGCGGCCAAUCAGAAGCUCUCAGUGGCGGAUUCUCCACAAAGCUGGUUCCAGCGCCGUUCAGCCUGAUGACAUCAGAGGUGACCUCAGAGAGUUUUCAAGUGAGCUGGUCACAUCCGGCCAGAGAUGUGGUGCUCUAUAAGCUGGUCUGGUCACCAACUGCGGGAAGAGAUGAGAGAGAGGUUAUGCUGACUGGAGACACGGACUCAUAUGUGAUUCAAGACCUGAGUCCUUUUACAGAGUAUAAGGUGUCACUGGCAGCCAUUUAUAAAGACGAAACCGAGAGCAGCCCUGUGGUUGUGCUAGAGUACACAUUGGGCUGGACCACAGAAUUUCCAACCACCAUUCCCUCCACUACACCAAUUUUUCACCAGGGCGUAACUAACCUGUGGAUUGACGAGGAGACCCCCUUCAGUUUGCAAGUUAACUGGGAAGUGCAGGACUCUGACGUGGACCAGUACAAAGUGACAUACGUCAGCACAGACCGAACAGAGGAGACAGUGUUAGUCUCUGGAAACAGAAGAAACGUGGUCCUGCAACCUCUCCUCUCAGACACAAAAUACAAGAUCACAGUGACCCCUGUUUAUGCAGAUGAGGAGUCCAGCCAGCUGUCCAUGUCCUCAUCCGGCACAACACUGCCACUUUCUGGUCCCAGUAACCUCAGGGUGUCUGAUGAAUGGUACAAUCGCUUCCGCAUCAGCUGGGACAGUCCUCAAUUCCCCACCAUGGGUUACAGAGUCAUCUAUCAGCCCAUCUCUGCUGUGUCAGGUCGGGCUCUGGAGACAUUUGUCGGAGAUGAUGUAAACACCCUGCUGAUCCUCAAUCUGCUGAGUGACACAGAGUACAACGUUCAGGUCAUUGCCUCCUACACCACCGGCUCCAGCCAACCCCUCACCACCAAGGGCAAAACAUUGUUUCUUGGGGUGAGGAAUCUGAACACAUACCAGGUUCUCAGCAGCAGUGUGUGCGCCCAAUGGCAGCCUCACCGUCAUGCCUCCGUCUACAGAGUCGUCAUCGAGCCUCUGCUCAACGGACAGAAACAGGAAGUGAGGGUUGGUGGCGGUGCUUCCAGAGAGUGUUUCUUCAGACUUUCCCCCAACACCCAGUACAAGAUAAGUGUAUACACCGUUUUACAGGACACAGAGGGCCCUGCUGUCACCACCAUGGUCACCACUGCUCCAGCACCCACUCAGCCACCGACCGCAGCACCCACCACCAGCCCUCCACCCACCAUCCCUCCAGCCAAAGAAGUUUGCAAAGCAGCUAAAGCAGACCUGGCCUUCCUAGUCGACGGCUCCUGGAGUAUCGGAGAUGACAACUUUCAGAAGAUCAUCCGCUUCCUGUACAGCACAACCGGUGCACUUGAUGUGAUUGGCCCAGAGGGAACACAGGUGGCCAUUGCUCAGUUCAGCGAUGAUGCCAGGACUGAGUUUAAGCUCAACUCCUACAGCGACAAAGAGGCUCUGCUGGAUGCCGUGCAGCGCAUCUCCUACAAGGGAGGAAACACUAAGACAGGUCGAGCCAUCAAGCAUGUCAAGGAGGCCAUCUUUUCUGAGGAUGCGGGUGUAAGGAGAGGCAUCCCGAAAGUGCUGGUUGUGCUCACCGACGGCCGCUCUCAGGAUGAUGUCAACAAGAUCUCCAAAGAGAUGCAGAUGGAGGGCUUCAUUAUCUUUGCCAUUGGCUUCGCUGAUGCAGACUAUGGGGAGCUGGUGAACAUCGCCAGUAAACCUAGCGAGAGACAUGUGUUCUUUGUGGACGAUCUGGAUGCCUUCAAGAAAAUUGAAGAACAGCUCAUAACUUUUGUUUGUGAGGCUGCGACUGCCACUUGCCCCUCGGUGUUAAUGAGUGGGAACACUUUAGCUGGCUUCCGGAUGAUGGAGAUGUUUGGUCUAGCUGAGAAGCACUACAGCAGUGUACAAGGUGUUUCAAUGGAGCCUGGCACUUUCAACAGCUUCCCCUGCUACCGACUUCACAAAGACGCCCUCGUCUCCCAGCCUACCAGGUAUCUACAUCCUGAAGGCCUCCCAUCUGAUUACACUAUAUCUAUGCUCUUCCGCAUUCUGCCUGAAACACCUCAGGAGCCUUUUGCAUUAUGGGAAAUCCUCGACAAAAACAAUGAUCCACUUGUGGGCAUUAUCCUGGAUAAUGGAGGGAAAACAUUAACCUUCUUCAAUUCUGACUACAAGGGAGAAUUUCAAACAGUGACUUUCGAAGGACCUGAAAUUAAGAAGAUUUUCUAUGGCAGUUUCCACAAGCUUCAUGUGGCCAUCAGCAAAACCGCUGCUAAAGUGGUGAUCGACUGCAAGACGGUUGGAGAGAAAUCUAUCAAUGCCGCAGGGAACAUCAGCAUUGAUGGAGUGGAGGUUCUGGGGCGAAUGGUCCGAUCGCGAGGACGGAAAGACAAUUCAGCACCGUUUCAACUCCAGAUGUUUGACAUAGUCUGCAGUACAUCAUGGGCCAGCCGGGAUAAGUGCUGUGAACUACCAGGAUUGAGAGUAGAAGAGGACUGUCCUGCCAUGCCCCAUGCUUGCACCUGUGCUCAGGACAGCAAAGGACCACCUGGACCCUCUGGACCACCGGGCGGUCCUGGUAUCAGAGGUUCAAGAGGAGAUCGGGGGGAGCCAGGCCUGACGGAGACUGCAGGGCAUUCACACUUUGUUUCAGCAGCUCGGCUGGUGGGCUCUCAAGGACUGCCUGGGGAGAUCGGACCACCUGGACCACAAGGGCCUCCGGGUCCUCAGGGACCAAAUGGGCUGUCCAUUCAAGGGCCACUGGGGGCUCCAGGAGAGAAAGGAGAGAAGGGUGAAAUAGGUCUGCCAGGUCCUCAGGGUGUACCAGGUGCCAAUGGAGGACCGGGCAGAGAUGGACCUCCAGGACAGAGAGGCCUACCUGGUAAAGAUGGACCCCAAGGACGACAGGGCCCACCAGGACCAAUGGGUAGCCCUGGGGCUCCUGGGGCUCCUGGAUCAAAUGGACCACCAGGGCAAUUGGGGGAUCAAGGGCCACCUGGGCCUGCCGGGACUAAAGGCGAACGAGGAGAGAGAGGUGACAUGCAGUCUCAUGCUGCUGUUCGUGCCAUAGCUCGACAAGUUUGUGAACAGCUUAUUCAGAGUCACUUGUCUCGCUACAACUCUAUCUUGAACCAGAUUCCCAGUCAGUCAGUUUCGGUACGAACAGUACCUGGUCCACCAGGUGAGCCCGGUCGGCCAGGACUUCAGGGUCCACAGGGAGAGCAGGGUCCUCCUGGCAGACCAGGAUUCCCUGGAGCCAGUGGUCAAAAUGGCCGCCCAGGAGAGAGAGGUCUUCCAGGAGAAAGGGGAGAAAAGGGCAGUCCAGGUGUGGGGACCCAAGGCCCUCGUGGUCCUCCAGGAUCUCCAGGGCCUGCUGGAGAAGGGCGGACAGGAAGUCAGGGUCCACCAGGGAGACCUGGAAUUCAAGGCACCCAAGGACGUCCAGGUACCCCAGGCAGUCCUGGUCCUGCUGGAUCGCCCGGCUACUGCGACCAGAACUCCUGCCUCGGGUACAAUGUUGGAGUACAACAGUUGCCCUCCAAUCCCUACCAAAACUACGGCCCCGCCACCAACUACAACCCUGAGGAUGAGGAGGAGGACGACCCUUAUGGCGGCUACCGGGCCUACCCUCCUCAAUACUACCAACCCAGCUACCCAGACCCCCGUGGCGCCAGGCCUAGCCCCGUACACCCUGGUGACACGGCGGGCAUGAGGGCACCGGGCGCGAGCCGCUUCACCCGCAGCACAGCUGAAGAGGUCAUCGUCCAUCAGCCGCAAGAGCAUGUGAAGGAAGAAUAGCUGUGGUGACCGACAGACCGUCCACAUACAAACACUUUUCAGCAGAACGUCCUGCAGGAUUGGACCAAGGGAAAUCCGAAAAGUGCCUGCUUUAUGCAUCGUUAUUGGGGUGGGUGAGUGAAGAUAUAAAAAACAAAAACAAAAAACAAAACUGUGCCGAAAUUCAUUCAGUGACUUUUCUGUCUUUUGUGAGGCUGCAUGUAGCCAAUGAAACGAAAAGCAAGUUUGAAGGAGGAACUCUGCAAAUCCGUUUUCUUAAUGAGUGUUUUUGAAUUGUUGUCCAGGAAAAAAUACACACAAUAUUCUGAAGAUGUAGAGAGACAUUUUACAGAAUACAUGCAUAUUAUAACUUUAUUCAUUGGCAGAUAGAUUUUUAUUUUAUUUUAUUUUACAGUGUAGCUUUACAAUAAUAUUAAUGAUAAUAUUAAUAAUAAUAACAUUAAUUAUUUAAUAUUCUUGUUCACAACAAUAAUAAAAAUAAAUUACAUAAUAAUGAUAAUAAUGAUAUGUCACUCAAUUGUAUUUUUGUUGUCAACAACAACAUUACAUAAUAUUUAUUUAAAUGUAAUUAUAAUUGAAUUAUUCGCAGUGUUGGGGAAAGUUACUCUAGAAAGUAAUGGAUUACAAUACUGAGUUACUCCCCAAAAGUAGUUGCCUUACUUAGUUACUGUUCAUUGAAAGUAAUGUGUUGUUACUUUUGAGUUACUUUUGCAUGACUUUUUUGACCUGGCUGAGACUUGAUCUCUUUCAGAACUUGCAAGG